UGAAAAUUACAACUAAACAAUGGGUGGCAAAAAAAAUAAGCAGAAAAAACGUGCAGCAGCGAAUCAAGCGAUGAAUCCGCCGCGAAAUGUUCGGCCCGGAACAUCUAGUCGUCCUACGCAAUCACGUUCAGAAGCUAGAUUACAAGUUCCAUUUUUCCCCAUACGGCCAGAACGACCAGUUCAAUUUCCAUUGCGCAAUCAACAAUUUAUGCAAAGUGUUCCUCGGCUAGUCUUUCCGCAUAGCCCGCAACGUGCCCAACUGCCGCUUAUACAAUUACAACGUCCGUAUCAACAAACUCUGAUGGUACAACGUCCGCAAUUCGUUUUACAACCAAGACCACAACCGCCAUUUGGUAGUCAUCCAAGCCAUAAUUUUACCUUUCUGCCGAAUCCUUUCCUAUAUCAUCAGUAUUAUCCGGAAUGCGUACGUUCAGACACUCAGGUAACGGACCAGGCGUCACGUCAAGAACAAGCUCAACGUCUACUUCGCGAAUAUGAGUCGCAACCAGCUUUGCAAAGUACCCCAAUGGCUGUUAGGACGGUACAAGACAAACUAUCUAGAUGUAAUAUUCGUGAAAUAACGAAUGAGGGGGAAGAGCUGCAAGUACAAUCGUUCGAAGAGCGACUGCCAGCUUAUUUAAGACAUUUGUUAGAGGUUAACUUUUAUUUUAUCUAUUAUACAGUGUGAUUUUAGCUGUCAC